AUGUCUAACUCUCAGGGAGACAACGGUCCACCGUUAUUACGGCCCAUUCCUCGCCGACCUUUCAACCUAAUUCCCAGAGAGCCGACACCUCCGAACGACGACUCGCCCGCCCUUAUACCAUCCACCGAUUCGGGACACGUCCCAUUACUAAACCUUGAGUCGCUUAACUCUCGACUACUUAGCAUGAGGAACACGGGCUUCACUCCCGAAUCUACCACCAUUAGCCGCACGGAUUCUGCACUUAACCUAACGGGCUCGACGUUAGCGGGAAUCUACUCGCCUUCUAUAUGGGGAAAGGAUAAAUUCUAUAUGGGACCCGACGAGCCGGGUACGCCUUGGGGAACAGGCGCUGAGACACCCGCGAAAAACCUAAGGAUGGACGAGCCAAACUACGAAAUACAGAAGGAGAGAGCGCAACCGGCGCGGAGGCGAUCUUCUUUACGCCCAGUAGCACGCCCGCAACCACUAUCUACCUUACAACGCGUAUUAUAUCACGGCUCGCGCAGUCUGCUCCUAACCGGUCUAGGUGUUCUCUAUGGGAUACUAGCCGUUCAGUUGCGAGACAGGCAAAUAGCUGCAGGUGCGCUUGAUGUGCAUAAUCUGCUCCGGAGCAGUGAUGGCAGUUACGAUUGGAGGUAUAUGUCAUUCUCAGGCGUGUGUGGAAUCGUAAUGGGUAGUUUACUACCCUGGUUUGACGGCGUCUGGGAACGAAUUUUCGGAGGUGACGAUAUUGUGGUUGAAUCCCCAGUAGAACAAAGUGUAGAAGACGAAUCGAUUAAAGAGCCUGCCUCUUUCACGGACUGGGCACUUGCGAUUAGAGGCAUUGGUGCUUUUGUCGGCAUCGCCUUUGCAAUUAGAAAACUUCCAUGGAGCUCGACCCUUCAAGUUUCGCUUGCGUUUGCCCUCGUGAACCCGGUACUCUGGUAUAUACUGGACCGAUCCAUGUCCGGUCUAGUGCUGUCGAUCUCCGUAGGACUAGCCGGGUCUGCCAUGUUACUAGGACUGAGGCCGGAGGUAGUACCGUCGCCGGCAGCUCCGUCGACGCCUGCUUACGAGGCGUACGGCCCGGAGUACGGUAAUGCGACGAGCGGCAAUGCUGGCGAUCUAGAUCAGCAACAACAACUGGCGACAGUCGGCGGGGUGAGCCAGGAGACGAUUGCUAUGGGCAUUUGGUUAUGGAGCGUUCUAUUCUGCUGUUGCAUAUGUUUCGGUAACAUUGGACGUUGGCUCGCGAUUAGACGUGGCGCCACGACGAAAGGACGAUGGGCUCAGAGGCAAUAA